AGGGGGCCGGAGGAAUAACCUAGGGCGACUUUAGCGGCGGGGUCAGUGCCAUGGCGGAGCCGGUGAGGAAACGCGGCCGGCGUUCCCGAGGCGGCGGUGUCGGCCGAGGAACUCGGGGGGCGCGGGGCCGGCGACCUGGCGCCCAGCGGAGUCCAGCCCGGCGCUCCGUGGAGUCGGUGCUUGUGGACUUGGUCAGCGACAGCGAUGAGGAAAUCUUGGAGGUUUCAACGGCGCGGGGCUCAGCGGACCCGGUCGAAGCCCCGCUCCCGGAGUCCCCCGGACCGGCCGCGCCCCCCGACAGCCGGGACGACAGCGACAGCGACAGUGACAGCGAAGGGGCGGACGCGCGGCCGGCUGGAGCCCCUCCGACCGUGGUCAGGCGGCGGCGGCGGCUGCUGCUGGACCCGGGGGAGGCGCCGGCGGUUCCAGUGUACUCGGAGAAGGUGAAAAGCAGCCUCCAGCUCCUCCCAGAUCACCUGCCCCUCCUGAAACUCUGCCCCCCGGGGGCUGAGGAAGAGGGGGACAUGGCGGACUCCAGCAGUCCCCACGCCGAGGAUCUCUCAGGCCCAGAUUCGCCCUGGAAGAAGAAGCUGAGGAGCAAGGCUGAAGACGAAAAAGAGAAAAGGACGGCAUCUCUGUCUCAGGACACCUCUCCUUUGCCCUCACCCCUGCCAAGGACCAAGAGCAGAAAACAUACCCGAGCUCUCCAGAAGUUAAGGGAGGUGAACAGGCGCCUCCAGGACCUUCGCUCCUGCCUGAGUCCCAAGCAGCGUCAGGGCCAGGACUGCCUGAGCCAAGAUGAUGAGGUGGUCCUUUUGGAGGGACCCAUUCUCCCGAGGAGCCCGCGACGCUUCCAGCUCAAAGUCCGGUGCCGGGCUGACCUGAUCAGAUUGCCCGUCACAAUGUCGGAGCCCCUACAGAGUGUGGUGGACCACAUGGCCACCCAUCUCGGGGUGUCCCCAAGCAGGAUCCUCUUACUCUUUGGAGAGACAGAGCUGUCCCCUACCGCCACCCCCCGGACCCUAAAGCUUGGAGUGGCUGACAUCAUUGACUGUGUGGUGCUGGCGAGCUCCCCCGAGGCGGCAGAGGCCUCCCACCUGCUCCAGCUGCGCGUGCAGGGGAAGGAGAAGCACCAGACGCUGCAAGUCUCGCUGUCCCGAGAUUCUCCCCUCAAGACCCUCAUGUCCCACUACGAGGAGGCCAUGGGACUCUCCGGCCGCAAGCUCUCCUUCUUCUUUGAUGGGACAAAGCUUUCGGGCAAGGAGCUGCCGGCUGAUCUGGGCAUGGAAUCCGGGGACCUCAUUGAGGUCUGGGGCUGAGACCCCGCUCCCUGUUGGGAGACCCUCAUGGGACCCCCUCUACUGGACUUGGAGAACAGCUGUCCCCUUUGGCCGUGAAGGGCUAGCCAAAGCUGAGGUAGAACUUAUCUUCAAGCUGAAGCAAAACCGAGGCAUGGUAUCUGACCCCCUCCCGCUCACUUUAGUUUCAAACUGUUAGUGCCCUGGUUCGUUGUGUUUGUCAUUGCUGCCCGGGCACUGAAUUCCCAGGGUGUGCUGAGCUCGGCGACCCCCUGGGACAUUCCCCACCCCCACCCUUUCACUUCCACCAUCACCCUUUCCUUCACUGAACUGCUCAUGUUUGAAGAGGGAGUGGAAAUAAAUGAGGGUUGAGAAUGAGAUUCCAGCCCUGGGACAGCCGUGGCCGUAGUCUCAUUUGGAGGUAGGUGGUGAGGUUUGCUUGAGGCACGGACGCAGGAAAAGAAAUGAUCGAGCUCGUGCAGGCAGGAGCUUCCGCGCAGGCAGACGGGGCUACUCUUGAAGGAUCUGGAAGGUUCUCGGCCUUGGAGUCCAGCUCACCUAGGGCCUGCAGAGCCCCGUCCUGAGGCGCACAUUGUUGAGGGCAUAGCUGAGCACCGGAGGCCUUUCGGAUCGCGGGUCCUAGCCAUGCCAGGAUCUCAUGCAAGGCUCUGGUUUCAUGGCUUCUCCCCCUUCACGCCACCCUCUCCCAUACGCAUCCACCCUGGGAUGUGAUUACAUGUCUUUGCACAGGAAUUUAUCCUUGUAAAGCGCAGUGCUGUACAUGUGAAUAUCCUUAUGUACGUGGUGUGCUGUGAUCUGUGCGGCUCCUUUCUCACUCAACACGUGUUGCUUGUUUUACAUCGACCUCGUUGCUUUGAACUGCUCUGCGACAUUCCACAGUGGGCGUCAGCGGGGUGUCCCUUCCACGUUCACUGGUGGGCCCCUCGGAGCCACGAGGGAUAUCCUGGUGAGUCCCCCUCCACGCUGUGUGGAGAGCUCUCUGGCAUAGACACCCAGGAUGGGACUGGGUCGGGUUCAUUUCUCUAUGGCCUGCCAGAGUUUUCUCCCACUGGACGCUCCCCAUUUCUCCCGCCCUCGCUGGCACUUUGAUUGCCCCGUUUCUCUUUUUGCCAGUCUGACGGGUAUGAAGUGGCACCGUGUUUUAAUGUACGUUCAUCUCAUUCCAGGAAUUUGGGAAGUUUCUUCAUGUACCUGUCAGCCUUUCUGGUUUCCCUUUCUGUAAACUGUUCAUUUCUCUGUUUAUUCUCAAGAGUUGCUCAUAUAUUCCUGGGCCGUUGCAAAUAACGCAGAAUGGCACUUGGGUUUCUAUACCUAGGAGUGCCCUUUACUGAAGAGACGUUUUUAAUUUUAAUUUAGGUGAAUGAACUGUUUUUUUAUGUAAUUUGUUGCUUUUUGAUUUCUUAUCUAAAAGUAGUUAAGAUAUUUUGCAUUUUCUUUUGUUAGCUUCCCGGCUCUUCCUUUCACGUUUAGGCCACGGAAGGGGCUGAAGUCCAGCUGUGCACACUGGCACCGGCACCGGCUGGUGUCUGCCCUGCAUGGCUACACAUUUCUGCUCGUUGAUUGAUUCCAGGCUGUACUGACUGCUAAAUAUUGAGAUUUACUUUUAAACUAUUUAAAAUUCACAUUUGUAUAUGAGAUCCAAGUCUUAUUUUCAUUAUAUAAUGAGCCAGUUUCCUCAGUGUCUACUAAUAAAGCCAUUAAUUUCCCACAAGAUGUGGUAUAAUUUUGGCAAUAGUGUA